AUGAGUUCAAGAGGUGGAAGUGUAUGUUAUAAAUGUAAUCAACCAGGACAUUUUGCUCGUGAAUGUCCAGAUGGUGAUGGUGGUAGUGGUGGUGGACGAGGAGGAUUCAGUGGUGGACGAGGUUCGUACGGUGGUGGAAAUACGUUUAGAGGACGUGGUUCAUAUGGUGGUCGUGGAGGUUUCGGCGGUGGUAGUGGUGGUGGUGGCGGUGGUUCAUAUGAUAGACCAGGUGGCCGUUGUUAUCGUUGUAAUCAAUCAGGUCAUUUGGCUCGUGAUUGUCCAUCCGAUAGUGGUCAAAGUGUUUGUUAUAAUUGCAAUCAAUCUGGUCAUAUAAGUCGAGAUUGUACGGAACCACGGGCAAAUAAUUAUGGUGGUGGUGGUUUUCGUGGUGGUCGUGGUGGUGGUAGUGGUGGUGGUGGUGGUGGCGGCGGUGGUGGUGGUAAUUGCUACCGAUGCUCAAAACCAGGUCAUUUUGCACGUGAUUGUACUGAACCAGAUCAACGCUCUGGCUCAAAUCAACAGGGUGGUGACGAUGAUUAG